AUGUGUGCUUAUGACGAUAGGACCGGACUCCCUCCACAUCCUAGGGUCAUUGGCGGCUCUGUAGGUUGCAACACGUGGCUGGUUGAUCCUUACAAUCCAAGUGUUCUGAUGCCCAUCGGCGGCAUGGGCGAGCUCCUCGUCCAGGGUCCGAUCAUGGCUCGCGGAUAUAUCAACAACUCUGACAAGACGAAAGAGGCCUUUGUGGACACUGGCCUUCUACUGGUGCCUGGACUCUCCCGUACGAAGAGCCUCAAGGCCGUAGUCCUCGACGUCCUACUACCCAUGGCCGCACACAUCUUCUCCGCCGUGUUCUUUGACAGGGCAGUACCCACGUUCCACACUGAGACUCAUGGACGAGACCACUCGCAAGAUAUGACGGCUUCAGUGCAUGAAACAGUCGGUUGGUUCACUGCAAUUGCCCCCUUUGUGCUUGACGCCCCGAGUGAUUACAUUGACUCUGCCAUCCUUAUCAAAGAGAUCCGUCGUGCUAUACCAGGUCUGGGAGUGCCCUACUUCACAGCCAAAGCACUUCGAAGGUCACAGACUCUACCGGUGGAGAUCCUGUUCAACUAUCUCGGCCGGUUCCAACAGCUCGAGCGCGGCAAUGGGCUUUUCGAGUCUCUUCCAAGGUCCUUGAGCCCUAUCGAUUUCAACCUUUCAGCUACCCGCCUAUCAGUUGUUGAUACCUCUACCGUCGUGGAGACAAGAUGCUUUGACCGUCUCUUGGAAUUAUGGUGCACAGAUUCAGCAUCAGGACAGAUUGUCUAA